AUGCCUCUGAUUAUUCUAACCGGAUACCCUUGCUCGGGCCUAUCGUAUCGCGCCAAACAACUCGCCCAACUCCUCGAAGAAACCCAAACCCAACUCUUCGACGCCCUCGACAAUGAGAACAACGCCACCGGAGACGACGGAAACCAAGAAAAGUCGAAACAAAAGCGGUUUACAUUUCAUAUAGUCCCCUCUCACGACCCCGGUCAUCCUCGCACGGUUUACGACCAUGCGCGAACAGAGAAGGAAGCGCGAGCGGUGGCAUAUGCGCGAGUCAAGCGCGCAUUGGCAAAAGAUGCGUUCGUGAUUUUGGAUGGAAUGAAUUAUAUCAAGGGGUAUCGGUAUCAGUUAUGGUGUGAGGCCAAGGCUGUGGGUACAACGUGUUGUGUUGUACAUAUCGGCACCCCAAUUGACAAAUGCGUCGCAAUCAACAACUCACGAUUUAAAAACCAACAAUCCGCCCAAGAUACGCUCCCAGAAACAAACGCGACAACAGACGAUCUCGCCGAACCCGACACCGAAGAACCCUAUCCAUCCGACCUACACCAAAACCUCAUUUUCAGAUACGAAGAACCUAGCACCCACAGUCGCUGGGACAAGCCCCUAUUCACCGUACCAUGGUCAGACGCCAGGCCGCCAGUCGAGGAGAUAUGGACAGCCGCGACCGGCAUCGAAAUAGAAAAGACUUUCCUCUCCGACGCCCCCGAAACGACACCUACAUCCACAAUAAGUCCCAUAGCAGCUCUGCUGCAUACCGACCCAAACAACCCUUCACCCUCCCCAUUGACAGCAGCGAUACAACAACAAGCAUCAGACACAGCAAGCAUAGCAUAUACAAUCCGCACAACAAAUACCCAAGCCCUCAACGGCGGCCGUCUAGGCCGCCCCCGCAUAAAAUCGCAUCAAGCCACCGUUCUCCCCACCCAAACCGACUCGGGCGCCCUAUACAACUACGAAAAGAAAACCUCAGCGAUCGUAGCAGCCAUACGAAACUAUACGUCCUCGACACCAUCCGCCGAAGCCGCACUCGCGCAGUCCACUAAGCAGGAAGGAGGCGUGAAACGAGGAGAUGAAGAGGGGAUCUCAAUCAGCGUUCCCGACGCGACAAUUCCAGUCUUUAUCCCAGCGCAUAUCGUCCGCAGUGCGCCCACGGAUGAUCUCGCGGGUGCAGGCGGACUGUUGACGCUGCCCCGUCUGCAGCGGUUGCGCAGACAGUGGAUUUCGCAGAAUAGGACGUAUAGUGGUAUGACAAACAAGCAGGCCAAAGGUGCGUUGGGCGCUGAACAGAUUGGCGAUGCGUUUGUAAGGUUUCUGAAUUUUGAGUUGGCGGGGAAUACGCCUGAGUAG